CCACAAGGCUCAACUGUCACUCGAAGGAACCCGGCCCUUUCUCCCCUCCAACUUCUGCGGCGAAGCAUCGCAAGUUGCCCCUCAUGGCUCUAGUCAUAACUUCCAACAAUGCUAUAUCUUCCACGUCCCUUCGAAGACUCCCUCCAGCCGGCCUUCUUGAGGACCGUUUGACCCUCCGAGAGACCUCUGUGAAGCAGUGGCAGGGCUCAGCACACGCGCCUGGACAUCAUAUUGGAACUGGCUCUCGAGGGCCUCACUAUAGGCAGAGAGAGCAGACUACUUCGAUCCACAGUAUAUAAGUCACACAAGUGCCGCUAUGGCGUUCCUAUUCCAACAGCUUCCUCCCACCCAUCCUCAUGUCUGCGCCAGUCUCCCGCUUUCAAAAGCUCUCACUCUCUCAAGACAUGCAGUCUCACGGAGAUCUUGCACCUGCACAAUCCGGAGGGAAAGGCAAAGGAAAAGCCCCAAUGGGUAGUGGUGGAUCGGCAAGCCUGGCUCAGAUCUUGAACCCUAACGAGUCCGACGAUGAGAUGGGCCAGGAAGAAGCACCGGACGACGUUCAGGAGGAAGUACCAGAUGAAGGAACCCGAAGUGGGCGAGUUUUUGCACUCAACCAUUGCCGCCAAUUCGAUACCUUCUACGCCUUCCAGAUAGCGUACGCCGAAGUCGAGAGAAUUUCGAUUCGCAUCAGCACGACCGGACCAAUAUGCUCCUCGAAUACCUGCAGCGGAGGAGAGCAAUGCUGCCAUAUCGAAUGGCUUCUGGAGCAGUUGUCCAAUGCAAUUCCGGAUACGCUUGAGGUCACCGAUAUAACGACGUAUGAACAGAUCUCUGCGGUAGGGCUGGACACCGUAUGCGAAGAACUUCAAUUCGAGCUCCGAGAAGGUCCAGAAUCCGACACCGAAGAUACAUGGCAAUUGAAGAAAGUACAUUCGACCUCUGGACUUGGCAGACAGACGAGACGUAUGCUGAAAGAGAGGAUGCACGCCGUACGCGAUAUAAUGGCUACGUUAUCAUCCGAUACCCUCCUUACAGACGACUAUCGAGGUGAUAUCUUCAAUACUCCUGGAGACAUGUCCCCGAAGUUGAUUCUCGGGGAUCUGGAAGCAACAAUUUCCAGACUCCUCUUCUCCAACGACGACAUGUUUUAUCACUUCAAGACCCUAGUUCCUAAAGACUUACGAGCUAGAAGCUACUUCACGAAGGCCCUUCUCAAAGCCCAAGCGACAAUUGCCGCCCUCGACAAAUAUGCUGAGCAGGGGCCUGUUGAUGGUCCUUUCGAUCUAAUAUGGUGUGCAGACACCUUGAUCAAGCUCGUCGACUCCAUAAACUUCAAUAUUGUGCAGCGACAGCCUCUAAGUUCAGUAGCUAAACAGGAAGCUGCAAAAGCAUUGGUGGGGAUCCUUGAUAUGGUAAUCAAUCGCAACUACGAAAUUUACCCCAAAGAUCCCUCAUGGAGUCGACGACGAGCACAUGCGGAGCCAACGCGGGACCGAAAUCUCUACGAGCGCCUUAUUCGGAGUCCACCUGAGAACCGCCCUGUUGAUUUCGUUCUCAGCGCCUUGCAAAAUCUACCUGAGGCAAAGCCUUACAUCGAUCAGUUACAAGGCUUGCUCGGUAUUCUCAAACAGAUAGGCUGGUCCUCACCUGAACCCUACAAAAUCAAGUUGGGGGGGAUAAUUGAACAGCUGAGGGGGGUUCCACCUAAUGCUAUACCAAGAGCCCCGCAGCUGAGCUCAAGUGCUCUUGAACCCGGAGAAAGGGCACUUCAGGCUGCUCCAAGUCUUCUCAGUGCUGCGCCAAGUAGUUCAGGGGCUGGUCCCAGUACUUCCGGUGCCGGUCCAAGUACUUCUUCUGGCAAGAGGCCUGCUAAAUCUAGCGACAGGAAGGCCAAUAAGCGCAUGAAAUGAAUGAACAUGGUUUCGUGGAGGAUUUAAUGCUUUCUUUGGUAUUUGGUGGAGGAUAUUCCGUUCUUGUGUUUAUGUUGAUAUCUUCAGUCUUUACCUCUUCGAUAGCUUUCUCGGACACUCAUUUCCUACCUUUCGUAUCAAAUAUUAUUCUUGAUAGAUUUUGCCUAGGUCGUCUUUGAUAGAUGCUAUAUUCCAAUUUAUGUGAUCC